AUGGUAUCAACUAUAAAUUUGGUGUCACGUGCAGGCAAUCAAGCCUUAGAAGUGAAUCCACCCCCUGCGUCUAUUGACAUUCACUUAACUGAUCAUGGUUCUGAUUGGUUGUGGGCUGCCUUCUCCAUAUUCGGACUUUUUGCAAUUUGUCAUGCGUUUAUUUACGGCUUCACGAGCUCUAAGACACAGGGAUUGAGAAAGGCUUUGCUUCCGAUUCCUUUAUUCACAAAUGCAAUUAUGGCUUACACUUAUUUUACUUAUGCUGCUAACUUGGGUUAUACAUCGACAGAUGUAGAAUUUCACCAUGUUACUACUAGUGAAGACCUUGGAAAUAGACAGGUAUUCUACGUAAAAUACAUUGGUUGGUUCUUGGCUUGGCCAUUUGUGUUAUUUUCUAUGGAAGUUGCUGCACACAAGUUAGAUGAGUCUGAAAUUACCAGCGUUGCCGAUGUUGUAACAAGGCUUAUCUCACGUAUCCAAGCUUUGUUCACAAAGCUUUUGGCUACGGAAGUGUACGUCUUAGGUCUUUUGAUUGGUAUUUUAAUUAAUUCCUCCUAUAGAUGGGGUUACUUUACUUUUGCUGUUUCUGCACAAUUAUUUGCAAUGACAUUACUUUGUGUUCAAUUGUUUAGGUCUGCUACAUCCGUUGCUUCUAACGCUGCAACUUACGUUAUUCUCUUCGAAAUGAUUGUCUGGAUAUUAUAUCCAAUUAACUGGGGUUUAAGUGAAGGCGGUAAUAAGAUACAGCCGGAUAGUGAAGCCGUCUUUUACGGUAUCUUAGAUCUUAUCACUUUUUCUUUCGUUCCGACUAUCUUGACGUGGAUAGCCAUUUCAGGAUUAGAUGAAAACUAUUUCAGGAAUAUUCUUCAUUUCAGACACCCGGUUUCAGAAAAGCCGAUUGCUGAAACUCCAAGAGGUAGUGGGGAGACUGCUGUUCAUGAACCAGAGCCUGAAUCCAACAAUGCUGUCGAGGAUGUGUAA